AUGAAGAAACGCGGCUGGUCCCUCGGCGCCCUCGCCUCCCUGUCAUUCUCCACACGGCGGCCAGAGGGCGCCCUUCCAGACUGCGGAUCCGGACACAGCACCCCGCCCGGAGCGCCCCCCCGAAGCACCCCUGUGACCCCGCGGCCGCCCCCGCCCUCGAUCGCGCCGUACCCCGGUCCUGCAGCGCCCCCUCGCGUUCGCAGCGUGCGCGCCACACGGAGCGCAGGUGCCUCUCCCCUGGCCCGCCCCAGCCUCCUCCGCAGCCCUGUGGCAGGGGGUGCCCGUCCGACACCUCUUCAGGCACCAGGCCCGGCCGUGGCCACCGACUCCAAGGCCGCACUUCCGGGCCGCGACGCCGACGGAACCGAAGCCCGCGGCCGCGGCGGCGCUGGGGAGACCCUAGGCCGGAGCACGUUUCCGGUAUUUCUAUGGCGAUCAGCUCCCGCCAGUCCGCACUGCGGCUCUCCUCUUAGUCGGAACCGAAAUCGAAGGGGCUGGGGCUGCCGCGACGCGAGGAGUCUCUGGACCGGAGCACUCUUCCGGCGUCGCCCAGGAGAUCGUGCGUGUGGCGGGGCCUGCGCGGUCACUCCGCGAACGCCCUGUGAUGGAGAACCAGAAGGCAGUUCGCGGCGCAAGUCACCAACCUCUUCCGGCCAGUUUAAACCCCACUGCGAACCGGGGAAGCGGCCUUAUUCCCGUGACACGGCCUUUUUCAGGCCACUUCGUGAUCUCAUUCCUCAGGGAGCAGUUCUCACUUCCCCUAUCUCAGAGGACAGAGGGGACUCAGGAGUGAAAGAGGGAACCAACUGUCCAAAUGCAUGACUAGAACAAAGCC